UCAGCGCUGACCUGCUGGUGCUGCUGGUGAUGUGUGACGCGAGGCUGGUGCGCGCCCCCCAUGUUCGCCCCCGACGCAGCUCUCCAGCAUUCAGUGGGAGCGCGCGGAGAUGCCAGUGGUUCAUAGAGCAAGUGUUCCUCUGAGUUUCCUGUGAAGAGAACUUCUCCUCGGUCUGGAUAUAUUAAUUUAAUAUCCACAGAGAUCCAAAAAGAGCAUGAGAGGAAAGCAGUGAAGAGGAGAUGGAUUUGAGGAGUGUGGUGGCUCUGGCAGCGGUGGUGUUCACUGUUCCAGCCUCAGGAGCCAAACUGCUCGGAGACAUUUAUGAGCCCAGAGGUCAGCGGAUCUGCAAGCGCGGCACAGACAAGCCCUGCUACAAAAUCGCCUACUACCAGGACAGUCGCCGCAAGCUGAACUUCGAGGAGGCCAACCGAGCUUGCAGGAGCGAUGGAGGAGAGCUCCUCAGCAUCGAGUCUUCUGCUGAACAGAGACUGAUCGAAGGCUUUAUCCAGGAGCUAAAAGCUUCUGAUGGAGAUUUCUGGAUCGGACUUCGCAGAAAGUCAAACUACGAGAUGAGUGGAGACUGCAUAUCUCAGUACUUCUGGAUGGACGGCAGCACUUCAAAUUUCAGAAACUGGCAUUGGGACGAGCCCUCGUGUGGUAAUGAGGUGUGUGUGGUGAUGUACCACCAGCCGUCAGCUCCUCCAGGUCUCGGAGGACUCUAUAUGUUCCAGUGGAAUGACGAUAACUGUGAGACCAAGAACAACUUCAUCUGCAAGUACACUAAAGAUAGAGGACCAGUCCCCACUAUCGCAGGAAACAGAACACGUGGAGAUGUUUUUCCAACAGUAAAAGUACCCCAAAUCCCUUCAGUCACAGAAAAUGAUAAUGGAAUGAGAGUUGUUAUUUCUGAACCAACAGAUAAUGCACUCAACAUCGCUUAUAUUGUCCUUCCAACAAUACCUCUGCUUCUGCUCUUGAUAGUAGCAACAGGAGUUUUCUGCUUCAAGCUGUUCACAAAAAGAAACAAUGAGCACACAGAGACUCCUCCCAAAGAGCCCGGUUACUGGCAGUCAGGUGACCGCUGCAACAGCCCCAGCCCUGAUGUCUACAACGUCAUCCGGAGACAGCACGACUCGGACCUCGCCGGCACACGACCCGACAUCAAGAACACAUCCUUCCUCGGCUCAUCCCCGGACACGCCUCCCGGAGACUACGAUAACUUGGGCGGCCGGGAUACAGAGAGCGGGUUUGUCACGCUGGCCAGCACUGAGAGCGGUUUUGUCACUAACGACAUCUAUGAGGCGAGCUGUCACGGCCGGGGAAGUCUGAAAUACUACAGGGAGCAUGGCUGGCUAGAUAACGAACUGUAUGGGUACUGAAGGACAUGACAAUGGAGAAGCCAGGCCAAUCUGAACUGUAUGUCGAUCUUUGGUUGGAUCAGCUGAAGCCUUUAUGCUGAAUGGCUCCUCGCUUCUUUGUGAAUGUUUGAAGAUUUUGGAAAUUUGAACAGGCGAGCAGAUGAAGGAUUUUGACAAUGCUAAACUAAAGACGACUUGCUCGGUUGAGUCAAGUAGAAUUUUCAAGUAACUAUCCUAAUGGUGACCAAAUGGCAGUGGAUUAAGCUCAGUGGAACUCAAGGAAAAAGUCUUUUCUCUUGCAUUGGCAUGAAAUUCACUACAAUCAGACACUAUAAUCAACAAAUGUCGAUGAAAAGAAAACGAUAAAAAGAUAAAAAGAGCUGCUCAGAAUGUUUUUAUUAAUUCUCCUGAAUGCCUGCUAGUGCAAAUGGGUUUUUGUUGCUAGGAAUCUAUCUUUCGUAAUAUACUUUUUUGUAUAUACAUUACUAAAUACAUGAACAUAUACAUAUACAUAUGUUUCCCAGCUGAUCCAAGGCAAACAAAUCACCAUCUUUAUUGGUGGUGCCUAAUCACUGAUUGAUUUGACAGUUUAAAGUUUAAAGAAACUCAUUCUGUGUACAGUUCAGUCAUCUUUUCUUUAUAAUUUGGUAAUUAAGAUGGCUAAUUGUGAAGAACCUACCAAGUCUAAAAUUGACAACAAAUGUUUUAAUGGUACUGAGGUACAGGCAGAGUGUUUUAUGGUAAAAAUAGUACAGUUUUACUAUUAUCUACAUCACAUGCAGGCCCUGGUUCUGAUCAUUCCCACUGUAAAGACAUCUUGAAUCAGUUCGUUUCUUUAUAAUAAUUCAUUUCUAAUAAAUUAAACCUAUUUAAAUAUAGACAAAAACAGCCCCUUUUUAAAAUACACCGAGGUUAAGGCAUUGUGAAUAAGAUGCUGGUUCUGUAUUUGCUUGCCUUCUAAUUGAUGGGUUUGCAUGACCCUGUUUUGCUGUUUUUCUUCCAUACUGCAAAUGUGACCUUAUAGCAAAGUGGCUUGUAGACUGUUUGCCUGAGAAACAAUCCAAAUAUUUCAGAUAUUCACUGCAAUUUACUUCAGAAAUGUAUGAAUGUGGUGUGUGCUUGUGCUAAGGAAAUCCAUUAAUAAAACAAACUCACAAAAAUAUA